AUGUCCGCCAUCGCCACCGUCACGUCGACCUCGUCCGGCGCCCAGGCGCCUCCGCCGCUGUGGAAGCCCGCGUCGGUCGCCCCUCGCACCCUCCCCGCCCUCCCGGCCCUCGACGACCUCCCCGUCUCGCAGACCCAGUGCGACAAGGCCCUGAACGCGCUCGUCAAGCACGUCGACAAGGUCCAGAAGAAGCGCGACGACGACGACCUCCUCGGAGAGCAGGACGAGAAGGUGUUUUUGGUCGUCGGCCUCAAGCAGGCCCCGAAGCGCGACGUCCACAAGCCCAUCCGCAUCGCCGUCCCCCACCCGGUCCUCAACCCGCGCGUCCAGCCCGUCACCCUCUUCGUCAAGGACCCGCAGCGCGUGUACAAGAACCUCCUCGACGAGCUCAAGAUUGGCUUCAUCACGCGCGUCGUCGGCCUCGACAAGCUGCGCACCAAGCACAAGACGUUCGAGGCCAAGCGCCAGCUCCUCAAGGAGGGCGAGCUCUUCCUCGUCGACGACCGCGUCACGGUCGAGGUCGGCAAGUGCCUCGGCAAGAUGUGGCGCGAUGCCAAGAAGCAGCCUAUCCCUGUCGCGCUGCAGCGCAAGGACCUCAAGGCCGAGCUCGAGCGCGCCGUCGCGUCGACCUACCUCAACGUGACCACCGGCACCUCGCUCUCGGUCAAGAUCGGCUCGACCUCGCAGCACUCGGCGGCCGAGCUCGGCGCCAACCUGCGCGCCGUCCUGCCCUACAUCGCGACGCGCAUCCCGGCCGCGCCUUCGACGUUCGCAAACGUCCAGUCGCUCCACCUCAAGUCGUCGACGUCCGUCUCGCUCCCGAUCUACAACGCGUCGCUCUCGACCCGGUUCGACGCCGUGCCCGAGACCGCCGAGGCGGCCGACGAGCGCAAGAAGGCCGAGGACAAGAAGGCCGACGAGAAGCGCAAGCGCGACGAGCGCGACGCCGCAAAGGAGAAGAGGAGGCUCGAGCGCGCCGUCACCAAGGAGGGCAAGGGGCGCGCCGAGAAGCGCGAGCGCGAGGAGGACGUCGAGGAGGAGGCGGCUGCUGCGGUCGCGGAGGAGGAGGCGGCGGCACCCGCCGCGGCGGCGGUCGUCGACGAGGCGCCCAAGCCCAAGGCCAAGAAGGCCAAGAAGGAGGCCAAGGCGGCUGCCGAGGCGCCCGCACCCGUCUCGCCGGCGGCCGCCGACAAGAAGGCGUCCAGGCCCAAAAAGGCGUCGUCGUCGAAGAAGGUCAAGGCAUGAGGCGCCUCGUCCUCCUUCACCCUCUGUCGCUCGCCCUCCCGGUCCAUCGCCUCGUCGUCACGCCCUCCCUCGUCUUGCGCGACCUGCCUGCUCGUCUCCUCGGUCGGUCGUCGUUCUGUUCCCCUCCCGCCUCGCGCCGGUCCUUGUACUUUCGCCCUCCCUCGC